AUUGCUCUGUGAAAGGCUAGACAUUUUUUUCUUUAAACAGCAACAGGAGGGAUGUGGGAUUGAAAAUGUCUCACAACACCACAUUUUCCUGAAUAACGUGCGGAUUAGGAGUAAAUGCGCACGCCUGAGUCAUAUCCUCCAUUGUGCUCGGACCCUGCGCCGUGUGAGUCUUCAUGUGAGGUCAGCGAGGCCGUCGUGAGGAUAUUUCCACCACAGUGCGGUUGCAAAAACAGUCUCGACUGCCUCCUGAACCUGAACCUGCAGAAUAACAACCAUGAGCAGUCCGCCGAGCCCUUCUCCAUCCCGAUGGUUCAAAGCGCUGCGCAGGACCAGGCUCGGGGAGCCGUGUUUGAAGACGUACCCUCUGGAGUGUGUGGAUCUGCUGAGAAGGGCCAAAAUCGCCUUUCAAGCUGGACACACCCUCAGGGAGAACUUCCGACUGGCGCAGCUGGAGGCCGUGGUGCGGAUGCUGGAGGAACAUGAGUGCGACUUUGUUGAUGCUCUUCGAAGGGACCUUCAUAAGCCACGGUUUGAGACGAUUGUGUCAGAGCUGAUGCUUGUGAAGAAUGAGGCACUUCAUGCCACCAACAACCUUAAGAAGUGGAUGCAGCCUCAGCCUGUGGAAAGGAACCUGUCCACCACGUUGGACGAGUGUCUUGUGAUCAGUGAGCCACUAGGGGUGGUGCUUAUCAUGGGGCCCUGGUGUAGUCCUGUCCAAAUGUGUCUGGUGCCACUGGUAGGGGCCAUCGCAGCAGGAAACUGCGCAAUCAUCAGUCCCUCUGACUGCACAGCUCACACUUCAGAGCUUCUCCAUCGUCUCAUCCCGUUUUACUUGGACAAUGAAUGCUUCCAUGUGGUUCUUGCAGGCACAAAUGACUUGCCUGAAGUUGUGGAGCUCAAAUUUGAUCAUGUCUUCUUUACAGGAAACAGGGAAGAGGGAAGCAGAAUUGCUCAGGCUGCAGCUCGCUGCCUGACCCCUGUCACCCUGAUUUUGGGAGGCAAGAAUCCAUGUUAUGUAGACCAACACUGUGACAUUGCCACCACCGCACAGCGCGUUGCGUGGGCUCGUUUCCACAAUGCUGGACAGAGCUUGGUGGCUCCUGACUACGUCCUGUGCCAUGUGGAUGUCAAAGCACGGCUGGUGCAGGCCCUGAAGUGCUGUCUGAUGCAAUUCUACGGCGAUGAUCCCAGAGAGUCCCGCAGCUAUGGCCGCAUGGUCAAUCUGGAGAUAUUUAACCGUACGAGAGACAUGCUGUGGAGAUCUGGCAAGGUGGCUGUGGGUGGGCAGGUGAUAGAAGCUGAGAAAUAUAUUGCCCCAACAAUUUUGACAGAGGUGGCAGAAUCCGACCCCAUCAUGCAACAGGAUGUUUUUGGCCCAAUUCUCCCUGUUCUGACUGUAAAUGAUGUGGACGAGGCAAUUGCCUUCAUUAAUAAGCAAGAGAAACCCCUCUGUGUGUAUGCAUACUCCACCAACAGUAAGGUCAUUUCGAGACUGAUGAGUGAGACUUCCAGUGGAAGCUUUUGCUCCAAUGACAGUGUCCUGCAGAGUCUGAUGGUGGCUCUGCCUUUCGGUGGAGUAGGUGCCAGUGGAAUGGGUUACUGCCACGGCCACCACAGUUUUGAUACCUUCUCUCACAGGAAGUCAUGCCUGCUACGAGGCACACGGUUCGAGUGUGUUACCUAUCUGCGUUAUCCACCCUAUGAGGACCGCAAUCUGUCUCUAAUGACAUGGGCCAGUACGUUGUCCCAGAAGAGCCAGGGCUGGUGCCAGAUCCUGUGACUGUGUGGGCGGGUGGUAACAGAGCCAUAUAUAAAGACAAGCGAGUGUCCUUUAGGUUUGUGUAUUAAAUAUGGAUGAGGGACCAAUCUGCAGCCAUUUCUAACAGAUGUCCACAGUUAUAGUUUAAACUCAGUGUGAUAAAAAAAAAACCCAAUGGUUAAUCAAAAUUAUUUCAUGUUUACCUGGAGAACUACCUUAACUGUA